AUGAAGGCUUACACGAUGACAUUAGUCCUCAUGUCAGUGCUUCCGCUUAUUGUUAGAAGAUCUGAUGAAGCUGAAGAAAAAGAGAAGUAAUCAGACCCUUAUACAAAUCUAUGUUUAAAGACAAUUUGACUUAAACUUUGCCUGUCAGGGACAAGGGCGAGUACUGCGAAAAUUUCCUUGAAACGAAGUUUUAAUCUAUCCUCUAGCGGUACUUUCAUUAUUUCGCUAAGAUUACUGAAGGAAAUUCAAUUAUUAGUCCCUAAUUUUCUAUCCAGGGGUUGGAUUUUUCUUGUUCCAUUUUCUCUAUCGUGUACUACAAGCAUUUUUAAGUCCGUGUUGAAUGUUUCAAGUGAAUUUUGAAGAAUAGCAAAAUGGGGUUAUAAUUAAGCGGCAACUAUUCGACAUGUUGUUUGUGUCAAAAACAGUAGCGAUAGAGGAAAUUAAUAUGGGUACAAUCAUAGCAUAAAAAAACUAAAGGAAAGAGUGAUUUCUGUCCCGCCUUAUUCUCUAUUUCGAAAAAGAAAAAAUAAACUGUUCAUCUCUUUUAAUUGACAAAAAGAAAGCACAAUUAGGUACUAAAUGAUUUUGAAGUAAAAUGACGCCAGUUCGUUUUUGAGUAACCUGAUGAAGUGAUCUCUUUCAUGCUGUUAAGUAGAUGGCAUCGUUAGCAGGAUAGAGUUUACAACUCGAAGAAAGGCAGAAUAUUUAAUUUUUUGUGACUGUAUGCCAGAAGAAGCCUCUUCAAAACGUUUUGGCCGAAAAGAGAAAUAAUGUCAAAUUUUUCAAGGAAAUUGUGACAAUAUUGAUCUUGCUCAGUGGUCUGAACGGUAUAAGGCCAAAAAAGGUCAGCGUAGAGUGCCAACUUUAAGCCGUUUUACUAUUCGGAUCAGUCUUUGAUUAAAUAUGUUUUUAAUUUUUUCAAAUAACUAGGAAAAAUGUAAAGGAUAAAACUUUCAUGGAAUGUUGACCAUGUUAUGGCCAGCAGACGGGAGGUCAAGAGAAAUAUGAGAUCACAAACUAAAUUGUAACGUUAAAAACUUGCAGUUCAUUUAUUUCAUUGGUUCGUUAAGUGGGCAAAAUAUAAUAUUAUCGGCUAGUAUUUUCUUCUAUACCACUAAACAUCUACCUGUCUUCACUAAUUGAGAAAAUACGAGGUCAAGAGAAAAAUGACCUCAAUGCACUCUUCUCGGAAGCCCAGUUUUGUGCUACUAUGGCAGCUUGCUGCCUGCGUCGUAUAUUAUAAUCAGGUAGUUUUUCUCUUCAUUAUAGAACACUGGAAGACUAUGCGAAAUCCAUGGAGCUGGCCUUAAAACUUUCACAGAAAAUAAAUGAAGCUUUAGCAGUACACGACAAGAAGGUGCGACCAAACGCAGGAGGUAAGAGCAGCUUGUAAUUAGUAUUCACAGCCGCGUUCAUCGACUCAGUUAAGCUACCCUUGAGGAGCAAUUUUAUGUUCUACGAUUAUUCUUUGAUUCUCGUUGUCACAGCUUCGACAUUCUAGAGAUGAAUUAAGGAGGAGAGAAAUAUAGAGUAAGUGCGGACCCAAAGGACACAAACUUUCAGUCUAAAAGGGGAUCAAAUUAAAAAAACGUACGUUUCAUGUAUAUGAUUUCUCUCACAGGUCCACCAGUUAUGGUUGAUGUAGAAUUCAAAAUUAUCUCAAUUGGGGAAAUUAAAGAAGCUCAGAUGGUAAGAGGCACUCUAGAUUUGAUUUAGUUUACAUGAUGUCGUGCGGUUACUCCCUGUAUUGUUGAUCAUUUACAUCAGCUUACAUCUAUCUUGCUUCUUCAUAAGUUCGAAAGCAACCUGUAAACCAGCUAUUUGCUUAAAUUGUCAUAAUUAUCAUCAUUAUUAGUGGAAAUUGCUAUUAUUAUUUUUUUAUGGAAGACUUUAUAGUAAAAUUAUCGUCUUUUAUAAAGUGCAAUUAUGAGCCCAAUAGCCUUGGCAAUUAAACUAUGUAUAAAAGCAUUUAAAAAACAGUUAGGUUGCGAAUAAAAUGAAUAAUAAAAUAGUAGAAAUCAACGAUAACCAUUUAAAAUGAAGAUCAAUAUUUAUGUAGUCAAAAACAGUCUCAUCUAUAGCUAAUCUUCGUGGAUUAUUAUCGUUAUUAUUAUUAUUAUUAUUAUUAAUAUUAUUAUUAUUAUUAUUGUUAUUAUUAUUACUAUUAUUAUUAUUAUUAUUAUUAUUGGUUCUUAUAGUUGGAUAACAAAAAUCAUUAAAUUGAAUUGAUUGCUGAGUGUGAGGUUAGCUUAAUCUAUUAAUCCUGACCUUUUACCUAUAAAGGAAUACACAAUGGAUAUAUUCUUCCGUCAAUGGUGGACUGACCCAAGACUGGCACAUAAUAUGAGCACUCCUUUCAAUAUGGCAGGAGAUGCAACUCAAAUGAUCUGGACACCAGAUACGUUUUUCUGGAAUGUAAAAGCAGCAAAAUAUCAUGGGGUAACGCGAGAAAAUAUGAGAAUAAAAAUACAUGGAGAUGGCAAAGUCUACUUCAGCACGAGGUAAAGUGACCGGUAACGCUCAUACAUUUAAAACGUUAUUGUAAAUAUUUAUUAUUAUUAUUAUUAUUAUUAUUAUUAGUUUUAUUUGUAACAGCAACACCUCGAGUAACUAAUAAAACAAGCGUGUGCCUUUCCAGGGCUGGUUUCAGGAUGAGUGGGAUUUUAGCCAAUCAGAAACGGAAAAAUAUUUUGAUUGAAUAAUAAUACUGAUUCACACUUGGUCCCGAAGCUCAGGGAUUAAAAAAUAGAGAGAUUUGAACCACCUGGUGAAGUAUAUUCUUGACUCUAAACUGGAAGCCAAGCAUUGGCCUUGUUGCAGUCAAACAAACAAAUGAAUAAACAAACUCGGAAACCCUGCCCGCCCCAUUGAUUAUUAUAAGAGUUACACAGGUGUCAGUUUAUAGAGGUUCUCAAUGUCGCUUUUCUCACCUGGUUCUUAAAAGAAGCAGGUGUUGCUGAACUCUUAAAAAGCAUACUUAGUUUGAACCAUGCAUAUCAAAGGACCAAUAUAUCUAAUACUGUUUUUCCCAUAGAUGGUAUACGUAGUAUUUAUUCUUGGAAUAAAAAAAUUGUCUGAAUUUGUCAGGUUAUAACUUCUGUUGUUUAGGGUGGCUCGACUGGAUUUUUUUGGGAGUAUACCUCCCAACUUUGGGCGUUUACCACGUGGCCAUUAACAAAGAUAACUCAAAAAGGUUACCUCAGCGACACUGUGUAAAGAUGAAAGUUUCAUAUUUUUAUGUAUUGGCCUUCAACCUCUAAGUUGAUUUAAGGUUUGACAUGUAUUCUGUUCUUUUUAGCAUUACUUUUACAGCGCAAUGUGAUAUGAAUCUUCGCAUGUACCCAAUGGACAUUCAAGUUUGCCCUUUAACUAUAGAGAGUUGUAAGUACAAUCUCUCUGUCCUAAUAACCCUGGAUUUAUCACGUUUUUUCAUGUCCUAAAGAUUGUUUUAUAGUAAUAAACGUCUGAAGUGAAAGUAACUGCAGUCGUUUGGUGAGCCAAUACUUUGCUUCCUGAUAAUUUAAAGUACGUUGAUCGGCUUUUUAAUUGUGUGUCUCAAAUGAAACUCCUGUUAUUAUUUACUAAUUUUUUCUCACGUAUCAAUAGGCCAUUUCCGAGUUCCCCCGGGCCUCUGUUUCAAAACGAGGAUAGGUGCUCAGCCUUUGAUAUGGAAAUCAUUUUUCAUUCUCAUGCAAGUAAAACUCAUUUUCACAAAAAUGGUUGUGCACCUGGCCUCAUUUUGAAAGUAAGGGCUUUUGGAACUCGGAAGAGGCCUAUUGCAAGCUUGGAAAUGAGGACCAUGAGCGUCAGUCUCUUUAAAAAGGCGACAGUCGAUCAAAUUAUAAACACAACGAAUGAAAUCUAAAAAAAGACCGCAAGUCGACUACGCUGUGACACUAACACUUGUGAUGGAUCGACAUGCCAACUUCAGCUUCAACGUUAUUUGCACUGUGCAGAUGAAUUUAUCUUACACAUAGAGAAGAUAUAAUUUUGUCACAGAAAUGUACUCAAAUAUUGAUAAACGGAAAAGCUAGAGAGGAUGUGCACAGUGGCCAAAGGGGCCCACGUUUUCGAGUUGGCCACUGUCAUGUUUGAAAUCUAAUCUGUGGCUGCCCUCGAAAGUCGUACUUGGCAUCCGAAGGAGUUUCGUUGUUAUUCACAAGAAAAAGAGAAAAACUUAAAUCGUCAGAUCUUUUCUUUAUAUCCAAAUAAUCUUUAACUCUUCAGUUCUUCAGAUAACAACUGAGUCUGCCUUACACGAUACGGAUGAGCGAAGGAUUACAUGGAUUGUAAACCUAAAUCACACAUGUGAUAAACAAGAACAUGGCGGCAACUAGCACGAGUCCUUAGCAAAAUGGUAACAACCGCUGACCAUAAAUACUGAAAACUUCUUACUACAGCACUGCUGUAGUAACAUAAUCAGAAAAAACCAAGAUUUAUAUUCGUUAAGAUAAACGGGCACAUUACUAGGAUUAAAUUAGCUGCAAAAACCGUGGACGAAGAUCCUGCUAGUUGUAAACGUUGGAUCUCUAGAAAAGAGAUCAGAUCAGCCAAAAUAUAAAGAAACAAGAACAAGAAGUCCAAAGACUACUGCAAAGCUGAUUAGGCAAGCAUAAUCUACAGUAAAUAUUAUACUAACUGAAGCAUAGCUUNUUUUUAGCAUUACUUUUACAGCGCAAUGUGAUAUGAAUCUUCGCAUGUACCCAAUGGACAUUCAAGUUUGCCCUUUAACUAUAGAGAGUUGUAAGUACAAUCUCUCUGUCCUAAUAACCCUGGAUUUAUCACGUUUUUUCAUGUCCUAAAGAUUGUUUUAUAGUAAUAAACGUCUGAAGUGAAAGUAACUGCAGUCGUUUGGUGAGCCAAUACUUUGCUUCCUGAUAAUUUAAAGUACGUUGAUCGGCUUUUUAAUUGUGUGUCUCAAAUGAAACUCCUGUUAUUAUUUACUAAUUUUUUCUCACGUAUCAAUAGGCCAUUUCCGAGUUCCCCCGGGCCUCUGUUUCAAAACGAGGAUAGGUGCUCAGCCUUUGAUAUGGAAAUCAUUUUUCAUUCUCAUGCAAGUAAAACUCAUUUUCACAAAAAUGGUUGUGCACCUGGCCUCAUUUUGAAAGUAAGGGCUUUUGGAACUCGGAAGAGGCCUAUUGCAAGCUUGGAAAUGAGGACCAUGAGCGUCAGUCUCUUUAAAAAGGCGACAGUCGAUCAAAUUAUAAACACAACGAAUGAAAUCUAAAAAAAGACCGCAAGUCGACUACGCUGUGACACUAACACUUGUGAUGGAUCGACAUGCCAACUUCAGCUUCAACGUUAUUUGCACUGUGCAGAUGAAUUUAUCUUACACAUAGAGAAGAUAUAAUUUUGUCACAGAAAUGUACUCAAAUAUUGAUAAACGGAAAAGCUAGAGAGGAUGUGCACAGUGGCCAAAGGGGCCCACGUUUUCGAGUUGGCCACUGUCAUGUUUGAAAUCUAAUCUGUGGCUGCCCUCGAAAGUCGUACUUGGCAUCCGAAGGAGUUUCGUUGUUAUUCACAAGAAAAAGAGAAAAACUUAAAUCGUCAGAUCUUUUCUUUAUAUCCAAAUAAUCUUUAACUCUUCAGUUCUUCAGAUAACAACUGAGUCUGCCUUACACGAUACGGAUGAGCGAAGGAUUACAUGGAUUGUAAACCUAAAUCACACAUGUGAUAAACAAGAACAUGGCGGCAACUAGCACGAGUCCUUAGCAAAAUGGUAACAACCGCUGACCAUAAAUACUGAAAACUUCUUACUACAGCACUGCUGUAGUAACAUAAUCAGAAAAAACCAAGAUUUAUAUUCGUUAAGAUAAACGGGCACAUUACUAGGAUUAAAUUAGCUGCAAAAACCGUGGACGAAGAUCCUGCUAGUUGUAAACGUUGGAUCUCUAGAAAAGAGAUCAGAUCAGCCAAAAUAUAAAGAAACAAGAACAAGAAGUCCAAAGACUACUGCAAAGCUGAUUAGGCAAGCAUAAUCUACAGUAAAUAUUAUACUAACUGAAGCAUAGCUUAACCUGGGAGCUCACUCAAGCGCUCAUUCAUUCCGUGUGAUGGGCUCCUCAUUAGUGAUAAGAGAUAUCUUCCACGUUUCAGAUGCACAUACCACAAAAGAUGUUGAUUACCGAUGGAAAGGAGGCAAGUCACAGGGCGUUGAGAUUUUCUCCAAGGAAAUGGCUCAGUUUGAAUUUGUCGGUGCCAAAACGUCGACUAAGGCAAACACCAACAGUAAAGGCAAGCAAUUUUAAUCAGUUAAGAUAAAAUUUGUAGCAUUUUCGUUUAGGUCAUUUGGCUCUUUAUUUUUUAAAUUUGAUCUUACGGACUUUAAAAUUAGUUAUUCUCUACAUGCACAGACUAGCGUUUGUCUUUUUGUCUGUAAAUAAAGGAUCCUUUACUAGUCUGCAAGCAUUUUUUACCUUCAAGAGACGUGUGUCGUACUUCAUUACCACCACCUUUAUGCCAGCAGUGGUUCUUGUGAUUCUAAGUUGGUGCUGCUUUUGGAUCGACCGUUCUGCUGUUCCGGCACGAGUAGCUCUCUCCAUAACAACUAUUCUAACUACCAUUUUGCUGUAUGGCUCGGUCAACUCCAAUAUGCCCAAGGUAAUUUUACUGAAAUAGCAAACAAGAACAUUAAGGCAGAUACUGCAAUAAAAGAUAAGCACUGCGAGUUUGAUAGAACCCAAUAACGCAGUGACACGAUCUGGGGCGUACGAUACGCAGUGUUAGUUCCCCAAGUAAAUUCUGAGAGUCUGCAAAGUAGUCAAAGAAGCCCUGUCUUCCAGACAUUUACCUCUAAAUAGACAUUUUAAAAUUGUGGCCUUUUCCUAUAUACCCUGAAAUUUUACCCCAUAGUAGCGCCCCAAUGAGUUACUUGGCACUAAAAGUCGCUGAGCGGGGAAACGUACUGUAGAAUCUAUCAAGAAUCUAUCAAGAAUCUACCAAGUCACAGUUACCGGCGAAUGUUGAAGCUCGUUGCAAUUUACGUUAUAAAAAUUGUUCAAUUCACAUACUGAGAAGUUUUCUUCGUGGGAUAACAGAUUACUUUCAAAACUACUGGUCCCUCGAGAAACUUGUUAAUUUUGUCUGCCGAGAACUUCAAUGUUUCUCCAGGGGCCAGACAUUAUAUUUAACUUUAUUUAACGCCUUGUGACAAAAAAAAAUAUUUUUAAGAGAACAAGUUUUGUUUUUGCACAAGAAUAAAUUGACACGAUAGGCACAAAAAGAAGGAAAAAUAUGCGGUUUUAGAAGUAUAACUUGGUGUUUAAGGUUAUAACUUUGAAGCGGUCACGGUUUCUUCUGACUCAUCAUCACUUUUAACGUCAAUAUCAUGCCGCCUACAACAAUACUCCCCGCUUCCUUUUUGGCGUAUAGGUUCUAAUGAUACGUAAUUACGCAAACACUACAGUUUUGUCAUGUUGCUUCUUUUCUUUAUCUCUAUCCUUAUUAUCCUGGCUUUCUUGUGUGGCACAAUUUAACGACGCGUGCAUAAGCACUGAGAUUAUAAAGUGCGUUAGUCUGAACGUUCGACGCAAGUGAAAACAAGCCUUAAUACUAAUGGCUUAAAUUUGGCUUUUUGGUAGGUAAGUUACAGUAAAGCUAUCGAUUACUUCCUGAUGACUUCACUGGGUUUUAUAUUUAUGGCACUACUGGAAUACAUCCUUGUGCUUAAUACGGAUCCACGUUUCUGCAGCCAAAGAAGAAAAGAAGUAAGCAAUGAAAAGAUGAAGUCAUUAUACAAGGUAACGUGUUGACUCUUUGAGCUCUUUUUAGACAAAAGAGCGUUUCCACAUGACGUCAUAGUGACCAUAUUGCUGUUCCAAAAUAAUGUCUUGUUCCAAGAAAUUUUGCUUAAAUGCUUUCCACGUGAGUAAAAACGCUAUCAGAGUGAACACUUGAAAUAAACGGAAGUUCUUCAUUUUAGAACCUCUUUGCAGCCACUUAAAAGCAGUCAACAUAAAUGUAUUAAAUUUUAGUUGUAAAAAUGAGUAAUAGAUGUUUAUUUGUCCCAAAGACAUAAAGCAUAGCGUAAUUUGGUUUGAUUAGCUUGCUUACUGAUGCUUUAUUUUUUUGGGUCAGUUUGUUUCAAUCCCAUUAACUAAUGACAUAUAUCAAGAGAGGAUAAAGGGGACAGAGAAGGCAUCCCCCAUACAUACCGUAUUCAUAGGUAAUUCUUCUCGAGUUAUUUUUAAGACCACAGAUCCCAAGGGGGAUUAGACAACAGCCAAUCACAUAGCGCGAAUGUGUUCCACGUGGAUGACCCACGCUCAGAGCCACGCGUCCUUCACGAAUUGACGCUGAAAAAAUGGCACAAGAGUCGGAGAGCGAUAUUGCUAUUCGUUUUGUCGACGAAAACGACUAAAGAGAGAUUUCUACUAAAGCGGUGUCAGCGAAAUGGAAAUUAAAAAAGAAUCGCCCUUCCUCUCUUGUACAGAGCUAACAGUACGGCAGGGAAAUCCUUAGCACGCUGAAUAUUCUCUCAGGAUCAUUUAUAAUUUACAGUUUGAAGAGAGCAAUUUGUGGUUUGAUAUUUAUUCUUUUAUUAGUCUUUUAUUAUUCAACAAAAAUAACACUUGGCGUCCUACUUGCUUUAUUGUACAAACGACCGGUUUCAAUAGGGAUCUCUUUUCUAGAAAUCCAACGUUUACAACUAGCGGAUCUUCGUCCACGGUUUUUGCAGUUAAUUUAAUCCGAUUUCAAUAGACCGGCGAAAUUUCUCAUUUUAUUAAAGCACUGAGGUUACGACAACUUCGAGUUAAACUGAUUUCACGGGUUGUCAAGGAGUCCAGCGAUUCCCUUUUCCUAGGUGAGCGCCGACUCAUUUCGCUUCAAUAUUCAGAAAUGCUCUCGAUCUCUUUACGCUUUCAUUGCCUUUCGCCCGACAUGUUUUGCACGGCGUUUAAUCAUGCGAAACCUCCACGAAACAUCCACGCAGCGCGCGAGGUAACUUUAUCCCGAUUCUAAAAAUAACUCGAGACGAAUUACCUAUGGAAUAGGGUGUGUAUGGGGGAUGCCUUCUCUGUCCCCUUUAUCCUCUCUUGUAUAUAUCUAAUACCAACAUUCUUUUGGCAGGCAGCAAUUCUUUUAUUCCAUUAUUAUUUAAAAAGUAGUUUAAGAAUAUGUUUAAUCGAUUGGAUCAUUUCUAGGAGAUUCCUCCUGACACCCUUGUGGGCUUAACGGAUAGACAGAACAAACCAGAUGAACUUCCCAUGACGCCUUUAAACGGAGACAGCAAGAUGAUUGACAAGGAGCCGCCCAAGACGCCAGAAAAUGUUAAGAACCAUUGGAUCGACUGCGUGUCCAGAGUUGUUUUUCCAGUGAUUUACUUCUCAUUUAUAAUUUUUUACUGGAUAUACUACUUUAAUCACCCUGAUUCUGCGCUUAGUAACUAA